GCAUGGCGCUGGUCACGGUGCGGCGGGCGGCGGGUUCCGGCGGGGGCCCCGCGGAGGAAGAUGUACCCAGGCGUGGCCAGCUGCAGCGGCGGCAGAGUUUUGUCAUGGUCAAGGGGGCCGCCCUGCUGCUGCCUGCCGAGGAGCCGGUGGAGGCUGAGCCCACCCCCCCGGCUGCACCCCCUGGCCAGGCCCCGGGGCUGCAGGAGCAGCACCUGCAGCUCAUGAUGCAACUGCUGCGUCCCCAGGAUGCCAUCCGGCUGGCGGUGCGGCUGGAGUCGGCGCGGCCACAGCGCGUGCGGUACCUGCUGGUGGUGCGGCCCGAGGAGGCAGGAGCCGAGGGGCAGACGGCGCUGCUGGGUGUGGAUUUCACCCACGAAGGGGCUGCCUGCUGCACCCUGGGCAUGGUGCUGCCCCUCUGGAGUGACACCCAAGUCUUCCUCGAUGGCGAUGGGGGCUUCAGCGUGACAUCGGGGGGACAGACGCGCAUCUUUAAGCCCAUCUCUGUGCAGACCAUGUGGACCGUGCUGCAGGAGCUGCACCGCGCCUGCGAGGACGCGUCCCGCGGUGGGCACAUCCCCGGGGGGCCCGCGCUGGCCUGGGCCCGCGGCUAUUCGGCCGCGCUGGCCUCCGACCAGAGCUGCCUCAACGAGUGGCUGGCCAUGGCCGACCUCGAGUCCGUGCGCCCCGCCUCGCCCCCUCCCUGCCGGCCGGGCACGCCGGAGCUGUCGGAGCAGGCGGUGCGGGCACUGCUGCGGGACGUGAUGGCCACCGCCGACCUGGAGAGUGUCACCUCCAAGGAGGUGCGGGAGGAGCUGGAGCGGCGCACGGGGCACAGCCUGGCCCGGCACAAGGAUUUCAUCGACAACGAGAUGCUGCUGGUGCUGGCACAGAUGGACCGGCCAUCCCGCGUCUUCCCGCACCUCUACCUGGGCUCCGAGUGGAACGCGGCCAACCUGGAGGAGCUGCAGCAGAACCGGGUCACCCACAUCCUCAAUGUGGCACGGGAGAUCGACAACUUCUUCCCGGCGCUGUUCACCUACAUGAACGUGCGGGUGUACGACGAGGAGACAGCCCAGCUCCUGCCCCACUGGAACGACACCUUCCUCUUCCUCUCCCGCGUCCGGGCUGGCGGGGGCCGGGCACUGGUGCACUGCCGGAUGGGGCUGAGCCGCUCGGCCGCCACGGUGCUGGCCUAUGCCAUGAAGGAGUUUGGGUGGCCGCUGGAGCGGGCGCUGCGGCACGUCCGGCACUGCCGGCCCGGCGUCCUGCCCAACCCCGGCUUCAUGCGCCAGCUCGACUUCUACCAGGGCAUCCUGCAUGCCAGCCGCCACAGCAGCCUAUGGGAGCCCAAGGAGCGGGCAGAAACCACACCAGGGGGGGAGGGCGGGCUGUCCCCGGCCCCCUCCCCGCAGCCCCCCGAGGGGGCGAGUGGGCCGGCGCUGCUGGGGGGCUCCCGGCGCCCCCGCAUCUCCCUCUGCGCCGUCAUGCGGAGCAUCAGCCAGCUGGAGCCCCCCGAGGAACACCCCGAGGAGGAGCCGCUCGCCGGGGAGGUGUUUUUGGCCGAGGGGGGUCCGUGGGGGGCCCCCCCGGCGCCGCGGCCCUCCUCCCGGCCCCGCCGCGUCGUGCGCCAGGCCAGCCUGGACGGCGGCCCCGCCCCUUCAUGCGGCCCCACCCUCAGCGCUGACCCCGCCCCACAGCCCCCGUCCGCCCCGCCCCCUGCACCCUAGCGUGGGGGCGGAGCCUUCCUGCCAGCAUGGGCGGGGCCUGAGCCGGCUGGAGGCGUGGCCAGUGAGCCGGCACCUCCCCUUUCCCCACACACACACGCCCACACCACGGGGGACAGGUGCCGCCUCCCCCCCACGCACUGGGCAGCCCCUCACCGCGCCAGCACUGAGAAUAAAGAGUGGAACCGGC